AUGCCUUCGGAUGCUCGCGACCACAAGCAGGGGAACCAGGAUCGCAAAUAUACAGACGAUCAGAAGGCAGCCGUUCUUCGAAUCAGAAAAUGUCAACCCACUGCGUUCUACGAGAUUCUGCUCGUCGAGAAAUCUUCGACAGACAAUGAAAUUAAGAAGGCGUAUCGCAAACAAAGUUUGUUGACGCAUCCCGAUAAGAAUGGAUAUGAGGGUGCCGAUGAGGCGUUCAAGAUGGUCUCCCGUGCUUUCCAGAUCCUCUCGGACGAGGACAAGAAGUCGAAGUAUGACCGGUUCGGCGGCGACCCGGACAGCAGGUUCCAACCGGGCCCCAGUGCGUCAAGCGGCGCGUCCCCCUUCAGCGGGUUCGGCGGCGGCGGCUUCCCCGGCGGAGGUGCUAGAUUCGACGAGGAGAUCUCCGCCGAGGAGAUGUUCAACCGAUUCUUCAAUGGAGGAUUUGGCGGGAUGGGAGGUGGUCCUGGAUUUGUGUUCAAUAUGGGCGGAGGCCCAGGUUUCCGCGUUCACCAAUUCGGAGGUGCGGCACCGCGCCGUCGACCUCGUCCCACAGGCGCCGCCGCGCAGGAGGCCCAGUUAGAUGGCCGCAGCCUGCUCCGUCAACUGCUGCCGCUUAUUAUCCUCUUCGUUCUGCCGCUCCUCUCCUCUCUCUUCUCUGGCUCCUCGACCUCAUCCGGUCCCUCUUACCGAUUUGAUACCCCCGUUUCCCCGCAUACCAUGGGUCGUACAACCCCCAAGCUCAACCUGAACUACUUUGUCAACCCGCUCGACGUGGAUAAUUACAGCGCGCGAAACUUCCGUGAACUCGACACGAAAGUGGAAAUAGACCACGUGAGAACCUUACGGAAUAAAUGCGACGCCGAAGCACAUGAGCGCGAGCGACGACUGCAAGAUGCGCAAGGCUGGAUUUUCCCCGAUGUCGAGAAGAUGAAAAAGGCUCGCGCAAUGGAGAUGCCCGCUUGUCGGCAAUUGGACUCGUUGAAGACGAAGGGGAGGUUUUAA